AUGAGAUAUGAGAUUAUUGAACCUGUUGAAAAUGUGUUUGGAAUGAAAUUAGACAAUGGUUCAUGGAAUGGUGUCAUUGGAAGAAUACAGAAGAAUGAAGCUGAUCUUGGAGUAAUUGCAUUAUAUGUGACGUAUGAUAGAUUUCAAGUGGUCAAAUUUACAGUUCCUGUUACUACUACAAGAAUUCUAUUUGUUGUUUCUAGACCUAACAAACUAUCAAAAAUAAGGGCAAUUAUAAGGCCUUUUUCAUUUGAAGUAAGAAAUGAAAUAAAUCAAGAUAGAAGUAGUUCGUUAAGAAUUUUUAUUGGAAUUUGGCUAUUGGUGACAACUGUACUUAUAUCAGCAUACAGUGGUGUUCUCUUUUCCUACAUCACUUAUCCCGCUUAUGCAAAAGUUCCGAAAACAAUUGAAGAACUUUCAAAUGCAGUCAGGAAUCGUGAAUAUUCUUGUGGGACUCUAUCACAUUCGGCUUUCGAGAAAAUGAUGAUGGAUGCCACUAAAGGUAUGGUUAGCAUUUUAGGUGACUACAUAAGAAAUAAUCCAGAUAAGAGCUUUUCCACCGUGAACGAAGGAAUUCAAUAUGCUCUACAACAUAAACAUGCGUACAUAAUAUCUGACAGUAUUAUAAAUACAUUAACAGUUAAACCGGAAGAACAAUUAAUAAUCUCAGAAGAUUCAUUUUUAACUUAUUCAUUAGUAUAUCCUAUAAAUAUAAACUUUAAAUUUGAAAAGAAAUUCAAUACAAUAAUAAGAAGAUUAGUAGAUGGUGGUGUAUACGAAAAAUUAAAACAAAGCGAUUUGCCUCAGAAGAGAAGCAGUAACAGAGAGAUAUAUCUUCCACUUUGUAUCGACGACAUUUGCAGCGCCUUAAUAUUAUUGUUAUGUGGUUAUGGUAUAUCUUUUAUAACUCUAUUUGUUGAAACAGUUCUAAACAAAAGACACAUUAAAGCUAUUCCACAAAAUAAUUAA